AUGCGCAAUGGCACCUUCGUCAUCCCUGCCACUGGCGAGCGCUCCCGGCGCCAAUUCACCCUCCGCACUCCCAGGACCCGGUCGCACUGCAAUGGAUCCGAGCGUCGUCCGCCAACAGCUUCGGUGACCUCGGUUGGUCAGCAUCUCCAGGCAGCUUCGAGAGCUGUGCGGACCAAGUCGCUGGCCGCCUGGCGAUGGGUGCAGACCGACGAGGGCCGGCAGGUGCUCAAGUGCGCGCUGGCAUAUCUCUUGGGUACCACGGCAACGUUUUGGCCGCCGCUGUCUAACUUCCUGGGUCGUAGAGAUGGCAAACACAUUGCGGCGACGUUGACAGUGUACUUCCACCCGGCCCGGACGGCUGGGUCGAUGCUGGAGGCUGUUGUGAUUGCCAUUGUGGCCGUGGUAUAUGCCGAACUGGUCUGUAUGCUGUCGAUGGGGAUAGCCAUUGCCUCUCGUGCCCUCUCUGGAUCUGCCGCUCCCGCACAUGCCGUCGUCCUAAUUGUAUGCAUCGGAGGCGGUCUUGGCUUGGUCGGCUGGACUAAGCAGCGAUUGAACCAGCCCCUUGUCAACACCGCCUCUACCUUGGCAUCAAUGGCCAUUAUAUCCAUCAUUACCAAAGAGGAAUCCGUCAAUAAUGGCUACUUCUCCGUGGAUAAGAUCAUACAGAUGUUCAAGCUGUUAUUGCUUGGAAUCACCUUUACCGUGGCUGUCAACCUCCUGUUAUGGCGCGUGUCGGCAAGAAAAGUCUUGCGCCAGUCUAUCCUUACUGCGGCGGUGGCGCUGAGUGAUCGCUUGUCCUUCAUCACCAGUGGGUUUUUAAACGGAUCGGAGGACGAGGUCAACUCUCUCGAGUAUGCCCAGGCCUCCGCUCAGUAUAAUUCAGCGUACGCUCAGAUCAUGACAACCCUCCGAGAGUCUAAAAUUGAGCAAUACUUUCUCGGGAGGGAGGACGUAUACCGGUUGGAUAAACGUCUCAUCAAGUCGCUGGAAACGCUGUCACAGGCGACUGGGGGUCUGCGUAGUGCGCUCCAGACCCAGCUGACGCUUCUGAAGGAGGGACCCAACUCCAUUGUGCCGCCGCAAUCACACUUAUUCUCUCCUGAGCCAGCAUCCGGAAUGAGUCGAAGUGUUUCAUACUUUUCUGACGAUGCCAGGGAUCGCCUAUCCGUCAUUGAAGAAGACGAAUUCGAACGUCGGUCGGCCCUCAACAGCCACUCGGACCCAACACUCGAUAAGUCGCCCAUCUUUCGUGUGCCAUCCGAUAUAUUCGCGCUCUUUUUGGCACUGCUGGGGCCUUCCAUGAAGUCUUUGGCAUACACUCUAUCGGAAACGCUGAAGGAGAAUCCCUUUGGCAAACACCCCGAAGACCAGGUGGCUGUCAAUGUGCAUCUGCGUGCCAGCCUCCGGGAUGCGGUGAAUCUGUACAACAAUGCUAGGGGCAAGGCCCUUCGGGAAUUAUAUCGAAGCAUCGAGCUGGGAAGAUCGCGAACCGAAAAUAUUCAAGCUGAUAUAGAGGAGGUUGCCGCUGCUUGUGGCCACUUUUCCUUCAGUUUGCAGGCGGUGGCAGAGGAGAUGGAUGCGUACCUCGACGUGCUUGAAUCAUUGCAAAAUCCGUUGGUACACCGAGAUCGCAGCUGGAGGUGGCUCAAGUUCUGGAGGCACUGGAAGCUGUUUCAACGCCACAGGGACCGCGAUGCAGAACACGAACCCCUCUUGGUCAGAAAGCCGAGGGCCCGAAUCAAGUCACCUACCCCUCAGGGUUUACCCAAGGCCAUGCUGAAGAAGAGAGACUCGUUUCAUUGGGAUGCCUCACCGCAAAAGUCCAAUUCCUUUGCUCGCACAUGCUCCCAGGCUUUACUAAAGUUUCUUCGGUUCCUAACGCGCGAGGACGUCAUGUUUGGAAUCAAAGUGGGUAUCGGUGCCGUCUUAUGGGCCAUGCUUGCUUUCAUCCCUGCUACGAGGCCAGUAUAUCAACACUGGAGAGGCGAAUGGGGUCUUUUGUCCUAUAUGAUUGUUGUCGGAAUGACAACCGGGGCCUCCAACACAACGGGUAGCUCCCGCUUCAUUGGAACCCUGAUAGGGGGAGCCUGUGCUUGCUUCGCAUGGUCGGUGAGCCUGGCCAAUCCCUGGCUCCUCGAGCUCUGCACCGUCAUUGUAGCGCUGGGAAACUUUUAUGUGAUUCUGGUCAUGAAGAAGGCUCCCCUGGGGAGAAUUUCGCUUCUGGCAUACAACGUCAUUGUGCUGUAUGCCUACAGCUUGACGCAAGAUGUUGACGACGACGACGACGAUGAGGGUGGAAUAGAUCCUCUCAUUUUUGAGAUUACGUACCAUCGUGUAGUGGCGGUUACGUUGGGGAUCUUGUGGGGUAUUCUCGUCUGUCGAUUGCUGUGGCCAAUCUCUGGGAGGAAGAAGUUCAGAGAAGGACUCUCGGUGCUGUAUCUGCAGCUUGGACUCAUUUGGAAGCGCGGACCUCUGGCUGCUUUGCUAGAGGGGGGUGAUGAUGGUCCGGAUUUUAUGAAGGAGGGCGAACAGAUAGCCCUUCGGCGAUAUGUCUUCAAACUGGAGUCGCUGCGAGAUUCUGCCAAAUCUGAGUUUGAACUUCGCGGGCCGUUCCCUGAAGCUGCCUAUGGCCGAAUGAUGCGCUCUACGAAGCACAUACUAGACGGCCUCUACGCCAUGCGUCUCAUCACACAGCGUCGAGACACGCUCUCCGAGGGCGAGAGUGCCCUGCUGGAAAUUACGGCUGCUGAAAGGGUACAGCUGUGCGAACGCCUAUGCCACGUUUUUCAGGUCCUCGCGUCGUGUGUCAUGCUGGAGUAUCCUCUUACGGACGCCAUUCCUACCAUUGACCGUACCAGAGACCGCCUCUUGAACAAAAUCUAUCACUACCGCAAGGAUCAUAUGGAGAUGAGCUUGAGAAACGGCGAGGACGAUGCCGUCCAGGCCAUGACGGAGGAGAAAGACUAUGCUUUGCUUUAUGCGUAUACCCUUGUCACGGCGCAGGUGGCUGCCGAGUUGAAGAAGAUCAAGAAGGAGAUUGAGGGGUUGUAUGGAGUCUUGCAUCAGGAUGAACUGCUGUUGGAGUAA